GGCCAAUACAGUCAGCAGCAACUUAGUGCCAUUGUCAAAACAUUGAACAGACUUCUACUAAAGGAACCAGAUGUCAGAAAUAUGUUACUUUCACUGGGUUUGAUAACACCAAGUCCUGUAUGCAGAUUGUUGCAGCUAAUUCGACCAGGGACUGACAACUCGAAAGCAUCACGAAUUCAUUGAAUGUCAGUUCAGUUUGUAUGCCUACUUACUCUUCACAGAGCAUUCAGAAUGCAUCUUAACUUGGUACAUGAAAUUCAAGGGCCUUGAUGAAAUUGGAGUCAUUUCAAAGAAUAACAUUGCCUAUACGGUUCAAAUGAGCAUAAUAGAAGUUAAUUGAACUUUGAUUGAUUCUGCAUAUGGUAGGCGUUGAUGGUUGUGAUAGAACAAAAAACAAAGCAAGAUAUUCGCUUACAUUCAACAUUUGUUCAACUAAAACAAUUAGACUGAUAUGAGUUAUAAACAGAAGAAACAGAUUUGACCGGGCAAACGAGGAUUACCUAAUUUCUGUUAAUUAAAGGGAUAUUUAUGAAGCGAUGCCAACGAAAGCAGAUCCAGACACGUGGGGUAAAGGAAUAUGAAUGACAGACGCAAUAGCUGAAUAUCAAUAAACUGAUAUUAAAUACAAGUACUCCAAAAACUUUGAACAAUCAUAUAUCAGUUGAAAGCACUGAGAAAUCAAGGAGGGUGAAGGUGGAGUGCGCAGAAGUGUUUUAAAGACAAACAUGGGAACAAAGUGUAAAAUUGCAGUACUGGGGUCCCCCGCAGUUGGAAAGUCAGCACUAGUGGUUAGAUUCCUGACUAAGAGGUUCAUUUGGGAGUACGACCCUACUUUAGAGUUUACUUAUCCGUGUAGUUGCCAAGUUGACGAUGAGCCAGUUGCUAUGGAAAUACUUGAUACUGCCGGUCAGGUGGAAAGCAACCAAACUAAUUUUGAGGGCACCGUUAGAUGGGCAGACGCCUUCAUACUAGUCUUUAGUGUUACAGAUAGACAUACUUUCAAACAGAUCUCAAUACUAAAAAAUCAAAUAGACGAAAUAAAAAGGAGUAAAAAUGUUAGUUGUGUUAUCAUAGGCAACAAGAUUGACCUUGAGCACCAGAGACAAGUAGGAACAGCCGAAGCUGAGCGUAUGGCUGCAGAUUGUGCAACUGCUUAUUUUGAAACGUCAGCAUGUGACGGAUCUCCCGAAAUUGAUGAAGCGUUUCACGAAGUUUACCGUGAAGUUAAACGUAGACGAUAUCUCGAUAGUAGAGGAGGUCGAAGGCGUAGCUCAGCACAACAAGUUCGACACGUGUUGAAUAAUUUCCUAACAAAAAUACAUACGUGAUAAUUUAUGUAGGAUAUUGCAUUUCAUAGAAAUAUUAUAUGCAAUAUCAACUGCAAAUUCAGAUUCAAAUGUUUAAUUAAUUUUUGAGAAGUUAUAUUGCUUCACUUAGUGGAGAGGACGGGGGGCCGGGGGCAUAAACUUCCUUGAAAAGUGAACACUACCAACAAGGAUAUAAAGUGACUUCAGUUGCCUCAGUUCUGCCUCAGAAUGAAAUAAAAUGUCUUUCCGAACCUUGUUGGAACAAAAUAGCAUAUACAACAUAUUUUUAG